UGUAUUUCGGAAGCAUCGACAAUCGAUGGAGUUCUGGAACUACGGUCUGCGCAUUUCUGGCAGCUCGAUUUCACCACAAUGGCUGGCACUGUAGAUGUUCGAGUACGCCGUGAUGCUGAUGAACAGUUGGUGCUUGCGCUUGUCACCGAGAAGCUUUCGUCCGUGGUUUCCAUACUAACAGUUCAAGUAAUUUUUUAA